AUGAGGCCAACAUUAUUCCGUCCGUUUCAGUCGACUCUUCGAGUCCUGGGCCAUGAAAACCCCUUGGGUCUGCCGAAAUCCGGCACACCGCCCAACUGGCCCAGGAAGCCCGUGAAGAGGAAGAUUACUGGCGUGGAGAAAAUCAUUGCUGUUUCUUCCGCCAAGGGUGGCGUUGGCAAGAGCACAGUCGCAGCAAACCUGUCAUUGGCUUUUGCACGACUAGGCUACAGGGCUGGUAUCCUGGACACCGAUAUCUUUGGCCCGUCUAUUCCGACACUCUUCAACCUCUCCGGAGAGCCCAGGCUCUCAGAAAACAACCAGUUAAUCCCAAUGACUAAUUACGGCGUCAAAACCAUGUCCAUGGGCUAUCUCGUACCAGAGGACGACGCCGUGGUAUGGCGAGGCCCCAUGGUGAUGAAGGCCAUUCAGCAGCUACUUCACGAAGUCGACUGGGGUGGAUUGGAUGUUCUCGUGCUCGACCUGCCUCCAGGCACGGGCGAUACGCAGCUCACCAUCACACAGCAGAUCAUACUUGAUGGGUCCAUUAUUGUCACCACACCCCAUACACUCGCAGUCAAAGACGCGGUCAAGGGCGUCAACAUGUUCAACAAGGUCAAUACCAACAUUUUGGGCUUGGUGCAAAACAUGUCACUCUUCAACUGUCCACACUGCAACGGCGACACACACGUUUUUGGGUCUAACGAGAGAGUCGAGCGCAUGUGCAGAGAGCACAAGAUCGACUUUUUAGGCGACAUCCCCCUGCACCCAUCCAUCGGCGAUGAUGCGGAUCUGGGCAAGCCCACCGUCGUAUCGGAGCCGUCGAGUGCCAGGGCGGAAAUCUUUCUCAAGAUUGCCAAGGAUAUUGCCCCGAAGAUUGACCUCCGCUCACCGUAG